CAAAUAGGUGCCCAACGUGCGAUUCCGAGUACAAGUGAUCCACGGCGUUAGACUUGUCGUCUCGUUUAAGUCACAGUCGAAUCCACGCCGGAGUCUCUUCGUCUUUCGUGUUUCGCACGCAAAGAAAAAUGAAAUUCAUAGCGUUCGGGCUUAUCCUGAUCUGUUGCCAUGUCUGGGCGAUUGAGACGAACGUUGAGUUGGCGAAAAGAACGAAAUUGGAACAAUUUCUCGAGGGAUUUAAGACCACGUUACGAAAUGGAGAUUCCAAGCUUGGAAUUCCGGUUCUUGAUCCGUUCACUCUGAGCGAGUUGCCCAUCAAUCUUAAUCUAAGUGACAUCAAGUGCGUCGAAUUUGAGGGGGUUGUGACAAAUGCCAGGGUAGAUGGCUUGUCCGAAUACACAGUCAACAGCGCUAACUUUAAAGUAAUUGGUUUGAAAAUGAAUAUGGAUCUCACCUGGCCAUUAGUAACGGCGAGUACUAAUUACACCAUGAAAGCCAGCGUUGCCGGCGUCGAUGUUUAUGGAACCGGAGACGCAAAUAUGGUCGCACAAAACUUCAAUUUUGCCACUCAAAUUGCCUUCUCAUUAAAGGGUAAUCAUAUCCAAAUUAAAUCAAUGUCAACGAGAAUUUCUUUAGGAGGAUUCGACUUCCACGUGACAGGCCUUUAUGAUAACGACGAAACGUCUGCAGCAUUGAGCAAGACUAUUUCCGAAUUGAUGCCUCAAUUCAUCAAGGAUUAUCAGAAGACGAUUGUUGAUACUUUUAAUGGUAUCGUGACAAAGAUGGGUAACGAAAUAUUGAGCAAAAUAACGUUUAAAGAUUUGAUGAAAAUGCUAGGUCUGUAUACGACGAGCCUCACAGAAAUGAAGCUGAUCGUAGCGCUCGGGCUCAUUUUGAUCUGUUGCAAUGUCUGGGCGAUUGAAAUAAACGGCAAGUAUGACGGUGAUAAGCUGAAAGGAUUCCUCGAGAAGGUAAAAAUUUUAAUAAAAACUGGAAAUGAAACACUCGGAAUUCCAGUUCUUGAUCCGUUCACUCAGGACCGCUUGGAGAUUAACAUUAACGAGGACGUAAACUUAAACGGACUUUUGACAAAUAUCAACGUAAAGGGCUUGUCUGAAUAUGACAUUAACGCUGGUGACUACAGCAUAAAGUUGCCUUUAAAAAUAAUUUUAACUGUUAAUCUUUCGUGGCCAUUGAUAACCGCAAAUACUAAGUAUAAUAUAAAAGGUAAAAUCGACGAUUUUGAAAUUUAUGGCGACGGUACGAUAGAUAUGGCUGCACGAGGCUUCGGUUUCGACACGGAAAUUCAACUCGGAAUAAACGGCCAACAUUUUAAAGUAAAUGAUCUAAAAUUGAAGCUUGAUUUGGAAUUGUUAAAUCUCCGUAUAACAGGACUUUAUAAUGACGAGGAAAUAUCCACAGUACUAAGUGCUAUAAUUUCCGAUAUGGCAUCCGAUAUAGUAAGGGAUGCCUCGACCGCGAGCAAGAUUAUUCCAUUUGUCCAAAAAAUCCUUGACGAUUUUUUGUCUAGUAAGACAAUUUCGGAAAUAUUGAAAAUAAUAGGUGGUGGUCUUUAUAAUAUCGACAGACAGGUUGUAAAACAUUUGAAAAUUUGAGAUUUAUAUAUUCUAAAAAUAAGAAAAAAAAUAAAAAUUUAUCUCUAAAUAAAUCGGUAAAAA